AUGGAACGUGGCGAAACACUGCCACAACCACCAAAUGCUGCUUUGCAGCAAUUAGCAUCGCGACGAUCUCCGAUGGCUGACCUGCCACGACGAUCUCCGGCGGCUAACCUGCCACGACGAUCCCCGGUGGCUGACCUACCACAACGAUCCCCGGUGGCUGACCAGCCUCGACGAUCCUCGACGGCUGAGCAGCCGCAGAGAUCUUCGACGGCUGAGCAGCCGCAGAGAUCUUCGACGGCUGAGCAUCCUCGACGAUCCUCGGCGGCUGACCCGACGCAGCGAUCUCCGACGGCUGACCCGCCACGGCGAUCCCCAAUGGCUGAGCAGCCUCAGAGAUCUUCGACGGCUGAGCAUCCUCGACGAUCCUCGGCGGCUAAUCCGGCGCAGCGAUCCCCAAUGGCUGAGCAGCCUCGGCGAUCUUUGACGGCUAAGCAGCCUCGACAAUCUUCGGUGACCCGAAGAAGACGGUCUCGGUCGAGCUCAAGUUCUAGCUCGAGUUCGAGCUCGAGUUCGAGCUCUAGUUUGAGCUCUAGUUCGAGCUCCAGCUCUAGCGGAACAUGUACAUCUGUUAAAAGUAUACGCGAUCUCAAGCCGAUUCCUAAGAUCGCGUCCUCGAAUAUGAAGAGAAAAGUAAAUGAUCAAAAAGGCAACGAGCAGAAGAAGAAAAAGAGGUUACGAGACCCAGUACCGAGACGUGGUAUUUUGCAAUUAAAAAGGACUGAUAAAUUUUCUAUGCAGAAAAAUGGAGAGGAAACGACUGACAUUAAAUAUUUUACAAGUGAAAGUGUUACAGCAUUCAUGUCAACGAAUUUGGAAGAAUGGUUUAAAGAUCAUAUCAAAGAACCUAUUCUCACCCAGCUUGAAGAAUUUCAGGAGAAAGAUUCUGGCUAG